GAGCGGCCUUGGCCGCCAUUUCGUUCGGCGGUGCCGGGGCCGGGUACGGGAGCGGCGGGAGGAGCCGCGGGCAUGAGUGCCCAGGCCUGCCCCCAGCACUGAGCAACCGGAGCCGCCGGGAGCCAGGCCAGGAUGCCGAUCCCUCCUCCCCCGCCGCCGCCCCCCGGCCCCCCGCCGCCCCCCACCCUCGGUCAGGCGAACACGGAGCCGCCCAAGCUGAGCCGGGAGGAGCAGCGGGGCCGCGGGGCCCUCCUGCAGGACAUCUGUAAAGGGACCAAGCUCAGGAAAGUGACCCAAAUCAACGACCGGAGCGCGCCCAUCCUCGAGAAGCCCAAGGGCAGUGGCGGUGGCAACUACAGCUCUGGCUCAGCCGCCAUCCAGCCCAAGGGUGGCCUAUUCCAAGGUGGCGUUCCCAAGCUCAGACCCGUGGGAGCCAAGGACAGCUCAGACAGCUCCACCAAACAGACCCUGCAAGUGCCCGGCUCCCGUGCAGCUGCCCCCAGGCCCCCGGUGCCGGCCAGCAACAACCGCCCUCAGGACGAUGCCGACAGCAGCCGGGGGUCCCCGCCGGAGCUGCCGCGCACGCAGAGACCCUCCCUGCCCGACCUGUCCCGGCCCGGCACCGCGGGCAGCACCGGCAUGAAGCACAGCUCCUCGGCCCCGCCGCCCCCGCCACCGGGACGCCGCGCCGCCGCCCCCCCGGCCCCCCCUCCGGCGCACGCCAAGGCCUCGCCCUACAACCGGGAGAAGCCACUGCCGCCCACCCCGGGACAGCGCCCACCCGGCAGCAGGGACGGACCCCCCGCCCCGCCGCCCAUCAAGCCCCCUCCCUCCCCAGUCAGCCUCCGGACGGGGUCGGGGGCUCAGGGCCAGUCUCUUGCCCCCCCGCCGCCCCCUUACCGGCAACCGCCCGGUGUCCCCAACGGCCCCUCCAGCCCCGGCAGCGAGUCGGCCCCGGAGCUGCCGCAGAGACACAACUCCUUGCACAGGAAGGCGCCGGGCCCGUUGCGGGGUCUGGCCCCCCCGCCGCCCACUGCUGCCUCCCCAUCCCUGCAGAGCAGCCGCCCCCCCCCGCCGGCCAGAGACCCCCCGAGCCGCGGAGCAGCGCCCCCGCCCCCCCCGCCGAUGCUGCGGAACGGGGGGCGUGAUGCCCCCCCGCCCCCGCCCCCCUACAGACUGCACGGCCCCGCCGAGCCCCCCAGCCGGGGGAAGCCCCCGCCGCCGCCCACCAGGACCCCGGCCGGGCCACCGCCGCCGCCACCGCCCGUGCGGAACGGGCACCGCGACUCCAUCUCCACCGUCAGAGCAUUCCUGGAUGACUUUGAAUCCAAAUACUCCUUUCAUCCCGUUGAAGACUUCCCAGCCCCAGAGGAAUAUAAGUACUUCCAGAGAAUCUACCCCAGCAAAACAAACAGAGCUACACGUGGGGCUCCCCCUCUGCCCCCCAUCCCCAGGUGAAACCGGGCUGUGCAGGUGGAUUGUUCCGGAGCAGACACACGGACCUCCUUCCCCUCCCUCAGCCGGCCCCCCCAGCUCCCAGCCCCCCGGAUCCUGCAUGGCACACUCCCGGCCUCUCUGCCUUCCCCAGGACCAGCGGAUCUGCCCGGCCCAGCGCCCUCCAUCAGCCUCCCCCUCAUCUAUGCACCCCUCGGGACUCAUGGCAAGCCUGGAUUGGUCCAUCCCUUGUUCCUCCUCAUGGAUCCCGGGCCAGGAUCAGCCUGGGAGCUGGGCACAGGACUCUGGGCUGAGCCGUGUGCCGGCUGUGGGGAUCAGGGGGGCUGGUGGAGAGGGGCUGCGGAUGGACAUGCCGUGAGACCCCCAGAGCGAGGGGGAGCAGGGCCAGGCUGGGGGAGCCUCGUUAUCCCUGGAGAGCCUCAUUAUCCCGGUGGAACCUCAUUAUCCUGGGAGAGCCUUGUUAUCCCAGCACAGCCCAUUGCUUUUUUGCACAGGAGCCAGUAGGGGAGGGGGGUGAGUGGGACCAUCCAGGGAGACCCCAACAGCGCUGGGUGAGGGGGAACCCCAUCCCUGUCCCCUCUAAAACCGGCACUUCCCCCCCGGGCUGGGAUGGGGGGCGUGGGGUCCUCUCGGCUUUCACUGCUGAACCCCCGAACUCAAGCAUUUUAACAAGAAAACACUAAUUAUCUGGGGAGGAACCGGGGGGGGGCCGUUUGUGCUGGUUCUGACACGUCAGGGGGCACAUGGGGGGGGCCCUGGGGGAGCCAGUGACGUUUUGCCUUAUACACUCCCUGUCCGACGGGUGGUCCCGGCCGGACUCUCCGUGUUCCCGCGGGGGGGUCACACUAACGUAGUUACUGAUCUCUUUGUACCUGUCAAGCGCCGUAGGAGGAAGGUGGCGGGGGCUGCAGGGAGGCUGCACCUCCCCCAGAAUGGUUUGGGGUUGAUUUGGGUGUUGUUUUUUUUUUUCUAUGACGAUGGACCUUUCCCUGUUGGGGUUGGAGAAAUGCGGGUGAAGGGUGAGGGGUGUUUGGGGGGGGUUUCUGGAGGAUGACCCCCCUCAGCAUUGCCCUUUGGGUUAAAUAAAGGGUCAACACGGUUCUGCCCCUCCUGGAGCGAGGGACCCUCCUAAGAGGGAACAGAGGGAAUUGGAGGAGCUGGAAAUUGCAUUUAAAUAAAAGUAAUAAAGUGAUAAA